UGAAAAUGAACCAGAAAAAAGGUUAUCCAAAGUUAAGCUAUAUGCACUAUGUAAAAGUGACCCUGUGCUGCGGUAUUUGCAACAUUAUGAUCAUAUGUUGUAUCAGGGAUUAGUAGAAGUCCUUAUACCAGACGUACUCCGACCAAUCCCCAGUGCACUUACACAAGCUAUCAGAAAUUUUGCAAAGAGUCUAGAAGGGUGGCUAAAAAAUGGCAUGCAAGGUGUGCCGCAAGAAAUGAUAUCAGUUAAAUUAGGGGCAGUGAGUGCUUUCGCACAAACACUCCGAAGGUAUACAUCGCUGAAUCACUUGGCACAAGCAGCGAGGGCGGUCUUACAAAAUAGCUCACAGAUUAGUCAGAUGCUAAGCGACCUCAAUCGGGUAGAUUUUGCAAAUGUCCAGGAGCAAGCAUCAUGGGUAUGUCAGUGUGAUGAUCAAGUAGUACAAAGGCUGGAACAAGACUUCAAGAUGACACUGCAGAACCAGAACACAUUGGAACAGUGGGCUAUCUGGUUAGAAGGUGUAGUAAACCAAGUGUUGAAACCACAUGAGGGUCAACCAGAUUUCCCCAAAGCAGCCCGACAGUUCCUGCUGAAAUGGUCAUUCUAUAGUUCCAUGGUUAUCCGAGAUUUAACUUUACGUAGUGCUGCCAGCUUUGGUUCAUUCCACUUGAUCCGUCUGCUGUAUGAUGAGUACAUGUUUUACUUGAUUGAACAUAAAGUAGCUGCCGCCACAGGGGAGACCCCAAUUGCCGUCAUGGAAAGCCUACUGCCCUUGGCAAAUGAGUCCACAGAGUAAAAUUCUUUGAAGAGAAAAUGGAAUUUAAAAAUAAAAAUAAAGACAAGGUGAGACAGACGAGG